CUAAUAACAAAGAGAAGACAAAGAAGAAAAGAGAAGAAAAAAAACUCAGAAGUGAAAAAUGGGUUUCGCAAAAUCUUCUCUUCUGGCAGUGGCUCUUCUUCUGGCCGUCUGCAGAAGCAUCCAAGCCUUGGAUGUGCUGGAGGCGCUCAACAAUCCUCAGUAUGAGCAGUUCAACAAAGCCCUAACCGAGGCCAAUCUGGUUGACAAAAUAAACGCCCUUAAAGCCGUCACCGUUCUCCCCUUGUGCAACGACGCCAUGGCUUCCCUCGCCGGGAAGUCACCGGAAUUUCUGAAGGCCACCAUCAGCACGCACGUCCUUAUCGGCUACUACGACGAGAAGAAGCUGGUGGAAAACAUUGGAAGCCAAACUCCCAUCGAGACUCUCUUCCAAUCCUCCGGCCUCGCCAAGGACAAACAGGGAUACGUCCUCGUCCAGCUCGUCAACGAAGGCGAGGUUGUCUUCGGAUCCGCCGCCUCUCCUUCCGGCACAGUCUUCACCGUCGGCCUUGUGCAAACCGUGGCCAAACAACCCGAAGAGUUUUCCGCUCUUGAGGUCACCAAGCCCAUCCUUGUACCUGGAAUUGAGAAUUUGUCCUCCGACGUCAAGGUUCCUCUUGCCACCACGGGAGGUAGCAUGGCAGCGUCUCCUUCGGCUCUCGCUCCCGCUCCCGGUAGCAGCGACGCUUCACGCCUCUGCAUGGGGCUCCUCGCUGCCGCUUCAGCUUCCGCCGCUUUCAUCCUUGCCCUGUAAACGACGGCGUUUCGGGAAUUUAUCUUUUUAUUAAACAGAAAAACCAUUGCAUUGAUGUUGUAUAGCACCGAUCACGAGAUACAACAGGGAUCUUUUGUUUUUGGUUAACGAAAUCACUCUUGUAGCUCGCGUUCGUGGAAUUCAGGUUAUAAUUC